AUGAGGAUUCCGCCGCUCGUCGGGCUGCUGGUGGCCUGGUGCGCCUUGCGCCGCCCGCCACCGGUCUGGAGUCGACAGAACUUCACCGGGCACAGGCUUCUGACGGCGGUGCCCGGGGACUUGCGGGAGCUGGACGCGCUCAAGGCGCUGACGCAGAACUUCCUGGUGGACUUCUGGAUCGAGCCCGGGGCCGUGGACGAGAACGUCACCCUGCGACUGUCUCCGCAGCUGGCCGAUGCGGUGGAGAGAUACCUGGAAUCCCGGCGCAUCCGCUACCACGUGCUGACCGAGGACCUGCAAAGGUGGAUCGACCGGGAGCGAGAGGAGAACCGACGCGGGGAUUCCGCCUCGGGGCGAGAUUCCGCUUCCGACUUCGAGUUCGACGUCUAUCACCCGCCGGAAGAGAUAAACGGUUACUUGGACGAAUUGGAGAGCCGAUUCGGAAAUUUGACGUCGGUGAGAAACAUCGGAACCACCUUCGAGGGAAAAAGCAUCCGUCUGGUAAAGAUUCGAUCCCCGGGACCGGACAAGCCCGCCAUCUGGAUCGACGCCGGAAUCCACAGCAGGGAAUGGGUUUCUCCGGCCACCGGACUCUACCUGGUGGAGCGACUCCUGUCCGACUAUGGCCACGACCCAGUCGUCACCCAACUGGUCGACACCUUCGACUGGUACUUGGUUCCCCUGGUCAACCCGGACGGAUACGAGUACACCUGGCAGUGGAAUCGACUGUGGAGAAAGAACCGAGCCAUUUCCAGAAUCCUUCCCGGACUCAUCGUCUGUAGAGGCGUGGAUCCUAACCGCAACUUCAACGUCGGAUUCGGAGGCGCCAGCACCAGCGGCACUCCCUGCUCGCCCAUCUUCAAGGGAGACGGCGCCUUCUCCGAAGCCGAGACUAUCGCCAUUCGUGAUGCGGUGUGGAAGAUCAGACACAGAUUGAAGGCCUACUUCACCCUGCACUCCUUCUCCCAGCUGUGGAUGUGUCCCUACGGUUACAGCACUCUGCCCUCCGACGACUUCUCGGAACACAUGGAAGUCCUGAGGGAAGCGGUGGAAGCGGUGGAAGAGACGCACGGAAUGCAUUACAGAUACGGACCUUCGGCCAGCACCCUGUAUCUGGUGAGCGGAACUUCGUCCGACUGGGUAUACCAAGAGGCGGGAGUCAAGUACAGUUUCGCCGUGGAGUUGAGGGACACGGGGCUCUUCGGAUUUCUACUACCCCGGGACCAGAUUGUGCCCACGGCCGAGGAAACUUGGGCGGGAAUUCGAGCGGCCGUCCUUUACAUAUCCAAACAAUUAAAGAACUGAACCCACUUCCGCUCCUUCCAGCGGCGCAUCCGCAGCCCGGAACGGAAGCUUACCCUCAAAGCCCAUAUUCCGCCGGGACUAAAGCGGAUUUCGUUUUACCCGAAAUUUUCUACGCUAA